GUGGAUACAUGCACUGGUGUCUUGAGGAACGGUUCGGUGUGUGAGAGUGUUGCUCCCUUUCCAACAGUCAUCACCACCAGGGGCACUGCAAUGAGCGUCGAAUGGGUAAGUCUUGACAGUAACUAAAAUUCCCAACGAAUGGUAACAGACAGCACAGUAUAUGCAUUGUGAAUUUAUAAGGCUACUCUUUCUGACCACUAGAUCUGCCCUAAUGGACAUUGCCUAUGGCGGUGGAACUCCCAGCCUGUGUUGAAGUUUGGCAUGCAGGCCGGGGACUUUCUACUUUCCUCAAACAUCUUGCUGUCUGGAAACAACUACGCUAAAGUUGCUCUCCUCCUCAAGUUUAUGAACAUCCGAAUGGUUAACCCGACCACCCACUACACAAUCCAGGACACGUACUGUGUUGACACCAUCAAAGAAUACUGGGAAGAGAAGAGGUCUGAGGCCAUCAGCCGACUUCAAGGGAAAGAUGUUGUGCUCUUGGGUGAUGGCAGAAAUGACUCACCAGGGCAUUCGGCACAAUACUGCAGCUACACAACCAUGGAGCUUGAUUCGAAGGAAAUUGUCUAUGUGGCCACUAUAGACAAGCGGCAGACAAACUGGAACUCCAAUAUCAUGGAAAAGGAAGGUUUUAUCCAGACUGUGGAAAAACUAACCCAUGAGAUAAAGGUAGUGGAAUUCUGCACAGAUGCCCAUGUCCAGAUUGGAGCCCUUUUGAACCCAGACAAAGGCAGAUACAAGGAGCUCAGGAUUCACCACAGCCUGGACAUUUGGCAUGGUGCCAAAAACCUGUCCAAAAAAAUUGCUAUUGCAGGAAAGUUGAAAGGCCAGUCUAUUCUCCUUCACUGGUUGAGGGAUGUAGUCAACCAUUUCUGGUGGUGCUGCAAGACAGCAGAUACAUUUCAGCAGUUUCUUGCACUUUGGAUUGGGGUUCUCCAUCAUGUGUGCAACCAUCACACCUGGGAGACUGGAAGCUGCCAACAUGAUCACCUGGAAUACACUCACGAAAAGCAGUGGAUUGAGAGGGAUUCCCACAGCCACAAAGCACUAGUGAACAUUGUCCUCAACAAGCGCUGGCAGAAGGAUGUCCACAAGUAUCUGCGCUUCAGAUCAACAGCACACCUUGAGUCAUUUCAGAAUCACAUUCUGAUGUAUGCCAGCAAGCGCCAGGCCUUCACUCCCCGAGGGUAUGACUCAAGAGUUUUGCUCGCAGCUCUGGACUACAAUUUCCACCACAAACGGCAAACUUACAGGACAGCUGAGGGCCAACAAGUUCUUAGGAAGAAGUACAAUAAGAAUGCCAGAAGAUACAGCCUCUACGCCUUAAAAUGUGAGAAAUCAUAUGAUUACAUCCCUGAGUUGCAAGUGCGUAUUGUGAAUGGAAGAGUUGCAAGCGGGGUUGGGAUGCCACGAAAGAGGACCCUACGCCCGGAUGACCCAAGGCAGCUUGGUGUUGUGCCCCCAAUACCUCCACCACCGAUGUCAGAGUUGGUACGCACGCAUGUCAGCAGAGGCCUAGGAUCAGCCCUCGAUGCUGCUAGCCACAUGGAGGCCGAUUGAGCAGUUGUUUGGUGUUGCUGGUGUUUGAGGUGUAAAUAUUUUUGUAAAUAUUAAUAAAUCACUUUUGUUUUUCAAAAAAACAUAAAUUUCAUCGUAUUGUUCAUGAAAUUGCUAUUGAACCUUAUUUUGAUAUUUUUCUCGAUCCCUAGUGUAGAACAAAUACAAC